AUGAAUAAUCUCUAUUUAAAAAGGACAUUUUUCCAUUCAUCCAAGACCUUGUUUUUUGAUAAAUUUUUAAAACCUGUUAUAGAGGCUUCACAAAAGAGAGAGCAUAUGGUAGAACAAUUGAUUAGACCAGUAGGUCUGCCUCAGCCACCAAAUUCAAAAAUACAGUAUUCCAAAGGCAAUUCAUUUAGAGAUUUAUUCGAUGAAAAAAAGACACGAAGAAGAACCAAAGAACUAACAUUAGAAAUGAGUAAAUCAGGGAUGUAUGAUGUAUAUACUUUUAGAAAGACAAAUGGCAAACUUUUCAUCUCUCCAAAAUCCUAUUGGCGUGAUGAUAAAUCCUUGUAUUUCCCACAUAUAGUAGGGAGAUCUUUGAAAAAAGGAGAAUCUAAACAAAUAUCAAUCGAAGAUAAAAUGAGAGGCAAAUUGAAUAUUGUACGGCUGUUUAGUAAUGAUAUAGGUGAAAAGUUAUCAUCUCAAUUUUUUAAAGAACCUUAUACCCUUGAAUCGUUGUCAAAUACUCCCCUUGCUAAAAAUAAUACACAAUUAAUUGAAAUUACUUGGGUCGAAAACGGCAUAAAAUCUUUGAUUACAAAAUUAUCUGUCUCUAAGUUGCGAUCCAAUAUGUCUGAACGACGUCAGAGAAAUUAUUUCUUCGCUUAUAAGGAUCAAUUACCAUUUAUUAUUAGAGAUCAAUUAAAUAUUAAUAACAUCUUGACAGGAUAUAUACUAUUGGUCGACCAAAAUUUAAAGAUUCGCUGGAUGGCCUGCGGUGGUGUAUCGAAUCUCCACACUGAAGAGAGAGAUACAAUGUGGAAAUGUAUCAGAUCAUUACAAAAGGAGAUGAAAAAGAUCAAUGACAGUAGCCAGAACAAAAAUUGA